GCCCUGCUGAGCCAAACUGACUGCACAGGGAAAGGCAGAAGAAAGCUAAAGAUAUGUUACUUAAGACAUGUUCUUAGAGUGGCAGGGCUUGGGUUAUUUUUUUCCCUCUCUUUCCAUUUUUCUCCUCAGACAAGCCACAUCUUGACUCAUGUGGUCUAAAGUGAAACCCUCUUAGUUACUUGAUAUUUCAGCAAAUCUCCAGGAGACUAUCGCUUCUUCUAGAGGAAGCCUCCGUCUCUCUCUUUGCUAGGGGAGCACCCACACAUACAGGGUGAGUUGGUGAGCGAUGGUAAUUCAGGCAGCCGUGGCUCCGAGUGGGUCCCAAAGACUUUUGUUCAAAAUACCUUAUGGAUCUUUGAGAAGACGGAGUGUCGAGAGGAUGACGGAGGGGCGUCGCUGUCAAGUCCAUCUCCUUGAUGAUAGAAAGCUGGAACUACUAGUACAGCCCAAGCUUUUGGCCAAGGAACUGCUUGAUCUAGUGGCAUCUCACUUCAACCUGAAGGAAAAGGAAUACUUUGGAAUAGCAUUCACAGAUGAGACGGGACAUUUAAACUGGCUUCAACUAGAUCGCAGAGUGUUGGAACAUGACUUUCCCAAAAAGUCAGGACCUGUGGUUUUGUACUUUUGUGUCAGGUUCUAUAUUGAAAGCAUUUCAUACCUAAAGGAUAACGCCACCAUUGAGCUAUUCUUCUUGAAUGCAAAAUCAUGCAUCUAUAAGGAACUUAUUGAGGUUGACAGUGAAGUGGUAUUUGAAUUAGCUUCCUAUAUUUUACAGGAAGCAAAGGGAGAUUUUUCCAGCAAUGAAAUUGUAAGGAGUGAUUUGAAGAAGCUGCCAGCACUUCCCACCCAAGCACUGAAGGAGCAUCCAUCCCUGGCUUACUGUGAGGACAGAGUAAUAGAACACUACAAGAAGCUCAAUGGUCAAACCAGAGGCCAAGCAAUUGUAAAUUAUAUGAGCAUCGUAGAGUCUCUUCCUACGUAUGGAGUACAUUAUUAUGCAGUGAAGGAUAAGCAGGGAAUUCCAUGGUGGUUAGGACUCAGCUACAAAGGAAUUUUCCAAUAUGAUUAUCAUGAUAAAGUGAAGCCAAGGAAGAUAUUCCAAUGGAGACAGUUAGAGAAUCUGUACUUCAGAGAGAAGAAGUUUUCAGUGGAAGUUCAUGACCCACGCAGGGCCUCGGUGACUAGGAGGACCUUCGGUCACAGCGGCAUUGCAGUGCAUACGUGGUAUGCAUGUCCAGCAUUAAUCAAGUCCAUAUGGGCUAUGGCCAUUAGCCAACACCAGUUCUACCUGGACAGAAAGCAGAGUAAGUCUAAAAUCCAUGCUGCAAGGAGCCUGAGCGAGAUCGCUAUUGACCUGACUGAGACAGGAACGCUGAAGACAUCAAAGUUGGCCAACAUGGGUAGCAAAGGGAAAAUUAUCAGCGGCAGCAGUGGGAGUCUCCUUUCAUCAGGUUCCCAGGAGUCAGAUAGCUCUCAGUCUGCCAAGAAGGACAUGCUGGCUGCAUUGAAAUCCAGGCAGGAAGCCCUGGAGGAAACCCUCCGCCAGCGACUGGAGGAGCUGAAGAAACUGUGUCUUCGAGAAGCGGAGCUUACAGGAAAAUUGCCAAGAGAAUAUCCCUUGGAUCCAGGGGAGGAACCACCCAUUGUUCGGAGGAGAAUAGGUACUGCCUUCAAACUGGAUGAACAGAAAAUAUUGCCCAAAGGAGAGGAAGCUGAGUUGGAACGCCUGGAACGGGAGUUUGCCAUUCAAUCGCAGAUUACAGAAGCUGCCCGCCGCCUGGCCAGUGACCCCAAUGUCAGUAAGAAGCUGAAGAAACAAAGGAAAACCUCUUACCUUAAUGCACUGAAAAAGCUGCAAGAAAUUGAAAAUGCAAUCAAUGACAACCGCAUCAAGUCUGGGAAGAAACCCACUCAGAGGGCUUCACUGAUAAUAGAUGAUGGAAAUAUUGCCAGUGAAGACAGCUCCCUCUCUGAUGCUCUUGUUCUUGAGGAUGAAGAUUCUCAGGUUACCAGCACAAUUUCCCCUUUACAGUCCCCUCACAAAGGGCUCCCCCCUCGACCGCCAUCGCACAACCGACCCCCUCCUCCCCAGUCCCUGGAAGGACUCAGGCAGAUGCACUAUCACCGGAAUGACUAUGACAAGUCACCCAUAAAGCCCAAAAUGUGGAGCGAGUCUUCCCUGGAUGAACCUUAUGAAAAGGUGAAGAAGCGCUCCUCCCACAGUCAUUCCAGUAGCCACAAGCGAUUCCCCAGCACAGGUAGCUGUGCAGAAGCUGGAGGAAGCAACUCUCUGCAAAAUAGUCCCAUCCGAGGUCUCCCUCACUGGAACUCCCAGUCCAGCAUGCCUUCUACACCAGAUCUACGAGUUCGAAGUCCUCAUUAUGUCCAUUCCACUAGGUCCGUUGACAUCAGCCCCACCAGACUGCACAGCUUAGCACUGCACUUUAGGCACCGGAGCUCCAGCCUGGAAUCACAGGGCAAGCUCCUGGGCUCAGAGAACGAUACCGGGAGCCCCGACUUCUACACCCCAAGGACUCGUAGCAGCAACGGCUCUGACCCCAUGGACGACUGCUCCUCCUGUACCAGCCACUCAAGCUCCGAACACUACUACCCGGCCCAGAUGAACCCCAACUACUCCACCCUGGCCGAGGACUCGCCGUCCAAGGCCCGGGAGCGGCAGCGGCAGCGGCACAAGUCGGCCGGGAACCUGGUCUCCUCCAACUCGGGGAGCAUGCCCAACCUGGCGGCCCGGAACGGCGCAGGCCACCACGGGGUCUACCUCCACAGCCAGAGCCAGCCUUCCUCGCAGUACCGCAUCAAGGAGUACCCGCUCUACAUCGAGGGCAGCUCCACCCCCGUGGUAGUGCGCAGCCUGGAGAACGACCAGGAGGGACACUACAGCGUCAAAGCACAAUUUAAAACCUCCAACUCCUACACGGCCGGAGGCAUGUUCAAGGAGAGCUGGCACGGGGACGAGGGCGACGCCGUGCGGCUGACGCCCUCGCGCUCCCAGAUCAUUCGGACUCCGUCCCUGGGCCGGGAGGGCCCCCACGACAAGGGCUCGGGCCGGACGGUGGUGUCGGACGAGCUCCGGCUGUGGUACCAGCGCUCCACGGCCUCCCACAAGGAGCACAGCCGCCUGUCGCACACCAGCUCCACCUCCUCCGACAGCGGCUCCCAGUACAGUACUUCAUCUCAGAGUACCUUCGUGGCUCACAGCAGGGUAACGAGAAUGCCUCAGAUGUGCAAAGCCACAUCAGCUGCCUUACCUCACAGCCAGAGAAGCUCAACACCUUCCAGUGAAAUUGGAGCUACUCCCCCAAGCAGUCCACACCACAUCUUAACCUGGCAAUCUGGGAGUUAUAAUGACAGCUGUUUCCUGGAUUCUCCCCUCUAUCCAGAACUAGCUGAUGUCCAGUGGUAUGGACAGGACAAAGCCAAGCCCGGGACUCUGGUGUGAAUGAGCUGGGCUGCAAUCUCUCAAUGCCAUUCUGAGAUCACCUCACUGCCUCUCAUUUGCCUUACCCAGACGCACGGUCACCCUGCACCAGCUUCAGCUCUUAGCACUUUUUUCCUCCCCUCUCCUCAUCCCCUCACCCUUAAAACCUGACUGAGGAGACAUUUUGGAAGGUUCCGGUCCCACUGUGUGUCCUACGGCUCUCUAGCCCACAGAGAGCCAAAUGCAAAUCCUUAGAAGCAUCCCUGAUGGCUGCCUCCAGCCCUCCUGCCACGGAUUCCCCCAGGUCAGGGACAAUCAAGAGUUGGCAUCGAGGUCCACGUCACAAAAGGAUAUUGGGGGGGAGGGUGACAAAGGGACGACCCUGGAGAGAGAAAUAAGGGCAGUGUGACUCUUCUGGGACCCAGAAAGAAUGUGCCCAUCUUGCCAUCUCUAGGCCAAUCAAGCACUUCCAGAAGAGGAUGUCUGAUGUGGGACUUUCAGAGUUUACACCUGAAGAAUUGUUUGUUUUUUUAAUACAAGAGUUUGGGGGGAAUGAAAAAGGAAGCCUGUCACUUCAGAGCUGCAUCAGAGGAUCACAAUCAGUUCUAUGCUGCCAAAGAUUAAAAUAAAAAUAACCAACAAAAAAGAAAGGCCACGAGAUGGAGGGCAUUAUGUUUUUCGUAAGCUCCUUUCACCUGCUCAAUCACUCCCAGAAAUGAGAGUCCCUACUCCUCGGCCCCCCUUUACCUCUAUUUCCCCUUCAGCAAAAAGCCUAGAAGACCAAGCCAGUGUAAUGGAUGGUAAAGAUACUCUGGUCUUGGAGAGGACCACUGCCCCAGAGUCCUAAGUAAUCUGGACAGAUGGGAAAAUAUGUGGGGGGGAGGGGGGAACAGAGGAGGUUCAAGUACUGUUCAUCCUGGCUGAACAAGCAGGGUACGAGACAGGUAGUCACUUUCUGUUCAUGGUUGUGGUCAAGCAGUCUAUCAUGGAAACAACUCAUAAAAUCAUAUCCUCUUUUAUGCAGGAGGCGUUUCAUUUUUUGUGGGAAACCAAGGGUUAAAAGCACAUUGUGAUCCAUCCAAGUGGUAAAGCUACGUUAGCAUUUAAUUGUUGUAGGUCUUUUCAUGUUCAUUUAGCACUUGUGUAGCAAAGGGUUCAGAUCUCAGCACCCAGUUACUUAAUGUGUUGCUUAUUUAAAGAAUACAACUAUGCUCUUAAGAUGUGAGAUUUCCAGUAGGCUGUCUACUAGCCAACAGGCAUGGCACAGUUUUUUUUUUUGAAAAAACCUCCCCAUGGGACAAUAACACCAAAAACAUUACCAAUGACCUUGACGCAUAGAUUUGUCUGUAGGUGCCCAAAAUGGGUGAAGGGAAAAAAAAAGGGUGAUUUAAAGGGGCUGCAAGUUUACAUGUAUUAUGAGCAAUGCUUUUUACCUGUCUAGAAAGCCAUCAAUCUUCAAAGGCCUCAAAAGUACUUUUAUAUUACCGAACAAGUGCACAAUCUCCACUGAGUUAUUUACGCCGGCACAAACAAGGUUUCCACAGAGGUGCUGGGCUGGGUUUAUUGCCACAAGUGGGGUUGGGAAGGUGAGGGAGCAGGAGACAUUUUUUCCACUUGUUCUGUGCAGAUAAUGAGUUUCUAUUGGAAAGGCAUUCAACAGCCAGGGGGGCGGGCCAGAGGGAGGGGGUAUGGUAUUGGGAGUAUUUUGUGGAAAAGCAAAACUGAAGUUAGCUUUAGAAUAAAACUUUAAAAAAAAAAAAAAGAAAAAGAAAAAAAUAAAAAAUGGAUAAUCCUUUGUUUAUAUGUGUGUGUGUGUGAUCCAAGAAUAACAAUAGACUCUACCAGACCAGGAGGGUAAGAACCAAAAUACUAAAACCAGAAAGUAAACAAUUUAUCGUGGAACAUUUAUUACAGCUCAGGCAGUAAGUCUAGUGGAGCAGUGGGGAGAAGUCAGAACCCAGGUCUGGGAGGGAAGAUGAGAAUCUGGGCACAUCAUCAAAUAUCUGCAUAGUAAAGUACUGUGUGUCAUUUCCUUCUCAUCUUGAUGAUGAGAUCAGGAAAAUCAGUUGGUAGAAAAGCAUUCAUAUUUAUAGAUUGUUUGGAGAUAUGCAGUUCAGUAUAAAUGCUGGUCAGUUUUUAGCUUACCAAAUAUUUUUGUCUACCUGUUAAGUUUAAUUACUUUUAUGAACAUUUUAAUUUUUCUUCCUUGUCCUGAUUUAUUAAACAUUACUAGACUUUUUAGGUCUCCCUUCCCCCCCCUUUAAAAAUAAUGCAGGACUAAAAUCAGGCUGAACAGUAAUUUUGUAGGGAGCUGGUUGGGAAUGAGACUCUAAGGGACAGAAAACUCAAAAGGGGACAAGGGGAAUAAGGAGACAACUCCAUAUAUGGUACUUUUAUACAACUGUUAAGUCUAAAUUGUAGACUCUAAAGUGAAUAUUGUCAAGAAUCAAAAAUUAAGACAGAUUUUAAUCCAGUUGUGUUGCCACAAAAGGGAUACGAGGAAAAAAAUUUUCCUAAAAACCUAUUUAGGAUUUUUUUUGGAGGAAAGAAGGGAAGAGAGACAAGGAUGGGGAAUACCAGACAAAUUUCAUGCCAGUCUGGUAGUAGAGACAGGAGAUUAAGUAAAACAGGUUUUACUGUUUAGCUGCAUUCAAUUAAUACAAAUGUAUAUAAAAUGUUAGUAAUUUGAGAUUAACAUGCUAAACAAUGGGAAACAUUAUAACUAUUGUAUACAAGCACUUGCAGACUUCUUAUAUGACCGUAUUUGUUUUUAAAAAAUAAAAUGAAAUAUUAAGCCCCUGGUCUGAUCUAAAGCCACUAUUGCAUUCUUUGGAUACAUGUAUGAAAUUUCCUGUUUAGCCAGAAAACUGGUGUUGACAGAUACACCAGACUAUAUUGUGAGGCAGGUUGAUUUUUUAAAAGUCUAUUAUAUGCAGUUGAGUGUUGAAAAUGUUAAAGAAAAAAAUUCAAUUUGUUUUCAUUCAGUAUUAGUUUAGUUCCAAACAUAGCAAACUCCAUCCAGGUGCUAUAAGAUGACCAGUUACUGCUUAGUUAACUAGGUGUAAAGUUUUACAUAUACAUUAAUGUCAAUAGUUUUAUUACAAGUUGUGUAAAAUGGAUUCUAGUUUAAAAAAUGGGGGGAAGAUUAGAUUGCUCCUGAAACUGACUGUAGAGCAUGUAAAAUGAUUUUACCGGAUUCUGUUUGAUUGUAAUCAAUUUAAAAAGAUGUAUGUUGUAGAAAAAAGUUGCAGAAUCUAAAAAGAAAAAUCUGCUUUUAAUUUAUUCUUUUUGUAUUAAGAAUUUGUAUAGUACCUUUACAUUUUGCAAAACAGUGUUGUCAACACUUAUUAAAGCAUUUUCAAAGUGAAA